AACAAAUAUACUGAGGAGCAGAACUUGUUCAAGCUAGUUUUCAUAGCAAUUUUUAAUUCUUUUGGAGAUAAUUUUUGAGCCUUGGCCAGGUUAUAUUUUCAUGGAGAGAGUCAUCGGAGGGAAGUACAAAAUUGGUCAGAAAAUUGCAAGUGGCUCAUUUGGUGAAAUUCAUAUAGGGUCACAUAUUGAGAAUGCUGAAACUGUUGCAAUUAAGAUGGAGAAUAGGAAAACCAAACAACCACAGCUACUUUAUGAAGCUGAGCUAUAUAAUCUUCUAAAAGGAGGAAGUGGUAUUCCAAGAGUGAAAUGGAGUGGCACUGAUAAAGACAACAAUGUUCUAGUUCUUGACCUUUUAGGACCAAGUCUUGAAGACCUUUUUUACUAUUGUGGCAAGAAAUUUUCAUUAAAAACCGUUUUGAUGUUGGCUGAUCAAAUGCUUACAAGGAUAGAGUAUUUGCAUUCCAAGGGCUUUUUACAUAGAGACAUUAAGCCAGAUAACUUCCUUAUGGGUCUUGGCAAAAAAGCAAAACAGGUUUUUAUGAUUGAUUUUGGACUUGCAAAGAGAUACAGAGACCCUAUCACAAAUAAGCACAUCCCUUGUAGGGAAAACAAACUUUUAAUAGGGACUCCACGUUAUGCUAGUCGCAAUACUCAUUCGGGAUUUGAACAAAGUCGCCGGGAUGAUUUGGAGUCUCUUGGUUAUGUUCUUAUGUACUUUAUAAGAGGACGCCUUCCUUGGCAAGGUCUACAAGCUCCAACAAAUAAACAAAAAUACGACAAAAUUUGUGAAAUGAAGAAAUCAAUUCCAAUUGAUAUACUUUGCAAGUCAUGUCCUGUGCAGUUCGCAUCAUACUUUCGGUAUUGCCAUGCUUUGACAUUUGAUCAACGACCAGAUUAUGGAUUCUUGAAGCGCAUGUUUCGUGAUUUAUUCAAUGCUCAAGGAUAUGAUGAUUUAUUUGACUGGACCAUUCUAAAAUAUCAGCAAAUGCGGCAGACAAAGACGUUAAUUGAAUCAAACCCUCCAAUAAUUGCUGUUCGUAGCAAUCUAAAACCAAAGGAUGGUGACAACCAACAAGGAGUUAGUGAUGUUACCGAAGAUAUUGUGGCAAAACCAUCGGUUAAUACUGAUCAUCCUCAUGUUAUCAUAAACAGCAAGAAAUCUAAUGUUCAGAAAUUUAACGCCAAGGUUCCCAUCCAAAAACAUACAGAGAAGAAUAAUGAUUUAUCUAUUUCCAGCAGUAUGCCCAAAGUGUUGAUAGAAAAUGUUUCAAAACUUAGAAUUCCAGCAGAAGCCUCAAAUCAGGGUUGUGUAUCUGCCAAUAAUAACUAUGGUAACCCAAGAACUUCUGUACCUACGUUACGUAGAACUUUUUCAACAAAUUAAAUUAGUGUGUAAAAAAAAAAAACUAUAAUUUCAACCUGAUGAACUGUGUCAUUUUA